UAAAAACGAAGAGAGAAAGAAUGAAAAAAUAAAACUAAACGAACGAAUUGCUCAAGAUUUUCCAGAAAUCCUCAGGAUCUCUCUCUUUCUCUUUCUCUCUCAGGACUUUUUGAGGAAUCUAAAAUCUGUUCGUCAUGUGGCUUUGAUAUAAUUUGUACGCGAUACUGAUUCUCGCAACAACUGCGGAAGCUUAACGAUAACGAAACGCUGAAACUUUAGUCAUCGUCCAUCAAAUACAAGGAUGUGGAAUUCAGAUAAAGCCGUCAGAUCGACUCUACAUAUCAACAUUUGCACGUUGCGAAUGACACUCCUCUGUGAGAUCAUUGACGUGUCGUUUAGUAGUCUCCUCCGUUUCGACCUUCGAACUCUCCGGAUCUAAAAUAAUAGUUAAUGUUAUUUGCGUGUCUGUACACAAAAUGGGUAAUUUCCAGUUCGGACGAAAGGAGGGCUUUCCCUCGAUAUAUCCUCCGAAUCAUACCGCUGUGACAGUGGACGUAACUGAAGCCAUAUUGGUCGCAGUCUUCAUCAUCAUCUCGAUCGCUUAUAUCAGUAUCAUACCGGGCUACCGGAAGAGGCAAAGCAUCUACAUGACCAUCAAGGUCACCUUGAGCAUCAUCAUCGGGUGCCUGCUAAUCGUGGAGAACUUCGGUCAGAAAUGGGAAUACGGCAAGGUGAGGAGCAAGACGCCUUAUCGGGCUGGCGAGGGUCAGGAAGUCAUGGCUGAUAUGGAAGUCAAGAUAGGGCUGAGGUCGGUGAACAUCACGAUGAAAGCCGAACCUGAAGAAAACACGCCGCUCGCGAAGGAGCAGAUCGAUUAUAACGAGAGAUUCCCUUGGACAUGGGACCAGGGUAGAAUCGGUUUCGGGCCUUACGCCGGACUGCUGCAGAGAACUUUCCGCGAAGGCCAAAGGAAAGGCUUGCCCAUCCCAAUCUUGUGGAUCGCCGAGUAUUUCGUUAUCGAUGGGGAAGGCAUUCGAUUCGGACGGUUUUAUCGAACGGCCGGCUGGUACUGUCACAUCUUGCUUUGGACGGCCUUUGCUUGUUGGAUUCUGGCUAACAUAUUCCUGCAAUGCGUAAGCCGGUAUGCCGCCUACUUAAUCGGCAUAAUUGGCGGUUUGCAGUUGUUGACCUGUCUCGUGUGGAUCUCCGUACGCAAUCCGAUUUCGCUUGUGAUCCCUUUCGAGGAAGGCGCCAUCAAAGUGAUACUGGGCACGCACUUCUGGAUGACCUUUGGAUGCGGUAUACUCUGCGUCUUUCUGGCGAUCAUAAUGAUAUUCAUGGACCUACGUUAUCCUAAUACGUUGUCCACGGUUUUGGAAAUAGACCCUCUCGGCCAAUACGACGAACUAGUAAUGCGGGGUAACCAAAUGGACGACAUAUUGCGCAAAAAGGUUCAUAUGGACAGCCCGAUGGAAAUGACUUCAAAGCAAAACAGACACACUGGAAUGAUGGUAAUGAAGAGACGAUCGACCAUAAAGAACGCGCAAAAAUCGCUCUUCCGUGCACCGGUACCUAUGAAGAUGGACAUUUACGAUGACGUGGCACUUUACAAGAAUCAGUCAAUAGCUGGGCCAUCCAAUGCACCUAUCGAAGCACCUACGGUAGAGAUGAGCGAUGAGGUGACUAUCAAGCCGCCGCCUGUCCCGAGGAAGAAACGGUCAAAGGCUAAGGUCUAGGUGACAACCAGCCGAUGGUCGGCGAGCAAAUGGAUCGUCGUGUCCAAAAGGAAGAAGCUCUUGAAUGACAUAAAGCCAUGUAUCUUUUUUCUCUCUUUCUUUUCGUUACUGUAUCAAUACAUAGAGAUGAAAGAUGACUUUCAAAAACUGA